AUGCCUCAGCAAAACGUUCCCACUGGAAAUGUAAGGAAUGUUCAAUCUGAAACAUAUCCACAAAGUGUAAGUGGCUAUAAUGCUAUGGAAACACAUAACAAUUCAAGUGGUUACUCAACCGGGCAAUAUCAGCAAAACUUAAACCCUUCUACUGCUCCAAAUUAUCAAUCUCAGAAUGGAAUAGUAGGCCAUCAACAAAUGUCAAGUAGUAUCGAUUCUGCUGAUAGCACCGAUAAAAUUGAUGACUUGUGUAAACAAGGUAAAGUGAAGGAGGCAGUUGAAGUUCUACAUUUGUUGGAGCAGUGACAUGUCACACUCGAUUUGUCUCGAUAUAUUAUGUUGAUGAAUGUGUGUAGCGCGGAUAAAUCCCUUGAGGAUGCUAAAUCAAUUCAUGAGCACCUUGUUAGAUCUCAUCCUCAACUUGACGUCAAAAUGUACAAUAAGAUUCUUGAAAUGUAUGGGAAAUGUGGCUCCAUGAAUGAUGCCUUUUCGGUGUUUCGGAAAAUGCCUCAGCGUAAUCUGACUUCUUGGGACACAAUGAUUACAUGGCUUGGUAAGAAUGGUCAUGGAGAAGAUGCAAUAGGAUUGUUUGGGGAAUUCAAGAAAACUGGGAUGAAACCUGAUGGACAAAUGUUUCGAGGUGUCUUCCAUGCUUGUAGUGUUGUUGGUGAUAUAGUUGAGGGCAUGUUGCACUUUGAGUCAAUGAGUAAGGAUUAUGGCAUUGUUCUCUCCAUGGAGCAAUAUGUGGGAGUGGUAGAUAUGUUGGCAGGUACAGGAUAUCUCGAUGAAGCUUUGGAGUUCAUUGAAAGGAUGCCUAUAGAGCCAAGUAUCCAAGUAUGGGAAACAAUGAUGAAUCUCUGUAGAUUUCAUGGGAACUUGGAUCUUGGGGAUCAUUGUGCCGAGAUUGUUGAGCUCCUAGACCCGUCUCGUUUGGAUGAACAGUCAAAGGCAGGUUUUUUGGCUGUAAACAUUGCUAAGGAGAAAGAGAAGAAGAAAUCUGCUCAAAGUCUUCUUGAGGCUAGAAGCAAAGUUCAUGAAUAUCGUGCGGGUGGUAGAUCACAUCCCGAUCAUGAGAAGAUAUAUGCAUUGCUUAGGGGUUUAAAGCAGCUAAUGAAGGAGGACGGUUAUAUACCAGAGACUAAGUUUGUGUUACAUGAUCUAGACCAAGAAACUAAAGAGGACGCUUUAAUGGCUCACAGCGAGAGAUUGGCUUUUGCUCAAGGUCUUAUGAAUAGCUCUGCACGAUCACCUAUCCGGACUAUAAAGAAUCUGCGUGUCUGCGGUGAUUGCCAUAAUGCAUUGAAGAUUGCUUCAAAGCUUGUUGGUCGGGAAAUUAUCAUGCGAGAUGCUAAGAGAUUUCAUCAUUUAAAAGACGGAUUGUGCUCGUGUCGGGAUUAUUGGUGAAGAUCCUAACCUUCAGGUUGGUCAUCUUGUGAAUAAAAUCUUGUUUGAAUGCUUUAUUUUGGGGUUCGACUUAUAUGACAACUUCAUGGUAAAAAAACGUAGCUUUUUCGUUCAUGUAUUUCUGAAGCAACCUUUUGUUGUAAGAAAAUAAUAAUUCCAGUAUUUAGAUUUAGUUCUGACCAUCUUUUUCUUGCAGCUUUAGCACAGCCAGACUGUCUGGCAAAGCUAUCAUUCAUAGCAGAUGGAUUUUUUUUCCUUACUCUAUCAGAUGUGAGCGACAGGGUGUUCAAAGAUCGGCAAAUACCAUAUUUAAUGCCACAUGGCCUCUUGAUUUGGUUAGUGCUGGUAAAGUGUCAAAUAUGCAUAAGUUGUCCUGAAAGGAUACAAACGUGAGCGCAAUUGCAGAUACUUGAGUCAUUGUUCUAAAGAUUGUAAAGGACGAGCCAUUGACUCAUCGAGUAACAUAACGAGCUUCUGUACCCUGUUCAUCCGGGACACAACCAAACAGAGAUCAACCAGCUUCUCAAAGUGGAUUAGCUAGACUAGUCGGUGGCAGUUGGCCAUGAAGUGGAAUUGUUUUCCAAGUCUCAAGCUAAUUGUUUCACAUUCUGAAGUAUAGAGAUUAAUAGGAUAAGAUUCUUAGUGUUCAAAAUAUUUUAAUUUGAGUACAUUCAUUCUUUUAUGAAACAGUAAUAUUAGUACCAUGCUGUUGUAUCCUUGUGCUUUGGUUGAACCCCUUUUAACUCGUGUGUUGGCAUAUUUUGUUUCUCUU